AUGGUUUCCUCCACCAAGAUCAAGUCCGUUGAUUUCUACAGGAAAAUCCCAAGAGAUUUGACAGAAGCAUCUCUCUCUGGUGCUGGAUUAUCCAUUGUAGCUGCCCUCACUAUGGUGUUUUUGUUUGGAAUGGAGCUAAAUAACUAUUUGGCAGUAACCACUCACACAUCUGUAAUAGUUGACAAAAGCUCUGAUGGUGACUUCUUACGCAUUGAUUUCAACGUCAGCUUUCCUGCACUCUCAUGUGAAUUUGCAUCGGUUGAUGUCAGUGACGUGUUGGGAACUAACAGGUUGAAUAUAACGAAAACGAUUAUAAAAAUUCCGAUCGAUUCACAUUUAGUAGCCACCGGUGAGGAAUUCCAUUCCACACCUGAUUUACAUGAAAUCAACCAUGGAGAUGAUGAAGAUCAUGGGAAUAACACUUAUUCUGCUAUACAUUUAAGUGCUGCUACUUUUGAGAGGUUUUCACAUCACUAUGAUCCUGAAACUGAUGGGCGUAUUCUUCUUGGAAGUGUUGAUUGUACACAAGAAACUGAGCUAUGCAAGAGGAACGAUCCUAGGGUCCACGAACAUGAAUCUUACUAUGGAGAUAGAGACACAGAGAGCCUACUCAAGAUGGUAGAAGGACUGCUCGUACCUAUCAAAAAGGAUAUUCAUAAACUGGCUUUGGAUGCUAAAUCUGAUCAUUCAGCUUCAAGAAUUAAAAAGGCACCAGUUAGUGGAGGUUGUAGAGUUGAAGGAUACUUGCGUGCCAAGAAGGUUCCGGGAGAAAUUGUAAUCUCAGCGCAUUCAGAUGCUCAUUCAUUCGAUGCAUCUAAAAUGAACAUGUCGCAUUUCGUUACGCAUCUCUCGUUUGGUAAUUAUAUUUCGGAAAGGUUGUUGACUGAUAUGAAACGAUUACUGCCUUAUUUUGGAAGAAACCACGACAAGUUGAGUGGGAAAUGGUUUGUAAAUCAAGGACAGUUUGCUGCUAAUGUUACCAUUGAACACUACCUUCAAAUAGUGAAAACAGAGGUUGUUUCAAGAAGAUAUGGUCAAGAACACUCGUUGAUUGAAGAACAUGAAUAUACAGCUCAUAGCAAUGUGGCUCAUGGUUAUUAUUACCCUGCUGCUAAGUUUCACUUUGAGCUCUCUCCUAUGCAGGUCUUAAUAAGCGAGAAUCCAAAGUCAUUCUCACACUUCAUCACAAAUGUUUGCGCCAUUAUCGGUGGUGUUUUCACGGUUGCGGGGAUAUUAGAUUCGAUAUUUCAAAACACAGUUAGGAUGGUGAAAAAGAUCGAACUUGGUAAAAACAUUUGA